CUGCAUCAGGCGCUGGAGCUGGCUUGGCGUAUUAGUGUCAGUAGGCUAAAAACCAUUGAGUAUAGGCGGAAAGAAGCUGUAAAUUAUGCCCAAUGCGAAGGGAUCGCCGUGAGAGCAGGUAUAGUGCGAAAAUUCGGGGUGGGGCCGAGCGCGUCAGUUGGGUCCGUACCUCUGAUUGGCCAAGGGCCCGCAGCGCUGGCGCCACCUAGCGAGCAUAGAAGCCCAAGGCGACGAGCGUCCCUUCACUCUGUUCCCAGCAGUCGAUCGACUCAGUAUACAUUUCAAACUCUUCCACCGAAAAAUGAGUGAGCAACCGGCCAAGACGGCAGCUGAGAAGCUCGCCGAGAGGAUGUCCCGCCUGAAGGAUCUCCAUCGGAAGAGGAACGAGGCUCGCACGCAGAACCACCAGGCCGUCGUGGCCGAGGACAAGCGCAACAAGCUCCCGGCCAACUGGGAGGCUCGCAAACGCAAGGCCGACUGGAUCCUCAGCGACGAGAAGGCCCGCGAGGAAGCCAAGGAAAAGGGCAUCGACUACGAGCGGGCGAAACUCCUGCAGAUGGACGCGCUCACCGCAGAGAAGCUGUCGCGCAAGAAGAAGAAAGGCGUGGCCAAUAACGGCUUCGGCGAUUUCGAGCAAGCCACAAUAAAGCAGUACAACAGCCUCGUGAAGAAUAUCAAGCCCAACAUGGAGGCGUACGAGGAAGCCAAGGAGAAGCUGGGACCGGCCUUCUACGGCGACAAAAACGCCAUCCUCCACGGGCUCCACAAGGACAAGAAGGAGGCCGUCGACAGGAUGGUCCAGGACCUGCAGAAACAGGCGGAGAAGAGGGCCAAGUUCAGUAGGAGGAGAACUCACAACGACGACGCCGACAUCGACUUCAUCAACGACAAGAACGCCAAGUUCAACAGGAAGCUCGAGAAGUUCUACGGGGAGUACACCCAGGAGAUCAAGCAGAAUCUCGAGCGCGGCACUGCCCUCUAAGCGUCUUUUGUACAUCUUUCUACCAUGACUGACAACGGGUACAAUAAAGAACACCCAGAUAACGAC